AUGGCACCCAAGAAGAGCAAUGAAGCAAAUAAGAGUAAGAGGAAGUCCGUGAGAACGACAAUUGAGUUGAAGAAAGAACUUAUCGUUAAGCGUGUGAGUGGGAGAGACUUAGAAGGCUUCGAAGAACCACCUGUUGUGCCUGUUAUUGUGUCUCUGGGCAUGUCCAUGGGCUUGGAGGUGGGUGAAGAGGAUGUGGAGGAGUUAGUGGAGGAUCACAAGAAUGAACUCAUCACAGAAGAACUUCAGCACCUCCACAAGACGCAGCAAGAAGAAGUGGCGGGGGAAAUUUCUUCAGAGGAGGAAGAGGAACCUAGUGGUAACAUUUUCAGUGCUGAAAUUAAGGAACUGUUUUCCAUCAUGAAUUUCAACACCCAGUUCAUAACGUUCACUGUUAUUCUGCUGUCUGCUCAAAGUUUUACUUUGGAUGCUGCAAGCACACUGAUCUACAAAAACCUGAAACUUAGAGUAGCUAAUGGUGAGAUGGUACGUUCACACCAAGUGAAAGACAUCAUAAAUUUGAGAGAUCUGCUUCUGAAAAAAGCAAAAUACUCAAGAGAUUGCAAUGAGCUUCUUCACCGAGGUUUCACUGAUGAUGGCCUCUACGUGAUCCAGCCAGAACCACUAGACAAAACACCACCCAUUGUGAUCAACUGUAACAUGAGUUAUGACUGCAAUGGUGGAUGGACGGUGCUGCAUCGGAACACCAGGCAGAGCGAGAUGACAUGGAAUGAAACAUGGACUGCGUACAAGUACGGGUUCGGCAAUAUUCAGGGUGACCACUACAUUGGCAAUCAGUAUAUGUACUACCUAACCAGCCAGAAAUGGUACAAAGCAAGAAUAGUAAUGGAUGAGGAGGAAAAUGGUUGGACUCAACAGAGCUAUGCUGAGUAUGAUAUUUUCCGGCUGGGUGAUGAGAGCACACACUAUAGAAUGCAACUUGGUGCAUACAGGGGUGGUGCUGGAGAUGCUUUGGCAACCUUUGAAAAUAUGGUUGAUAAUUUGCCAUUUAGCUCAAGGGAUAAUGACACUGAUGGUGAUGCAGCUAACUGUGCUUCCAAGUUUGGUGGUGGGUGGUGGUUUGAUACUUGCCCAAAAGAAAAGAGCCCCUAUGCCAUGUUGACCCAAAAAGAGAACAUUCACUGGAAACCUUUCUGCCAAAACUGCAGGCAUGUCGUUCUCAUGGUCAAACCUGUCAGUAUGUAUUGCCGCACUUAA